AUGUCUUCCAGUUCAACAAAUAUUCUCUUUCUGACAAACAGCGAGCUUGGUCAAGCCAAUGUGUCCCUCGCCGUGGCGGAGGAGUUUCUAUUUCACGGAGAAUUCCGUGUACACAUCGCCUCCUUCAAACCACUCACGGCGUCGGUGGAAGAAUUAAACAGGCGUUGUCCGAGUAUACAUCCCGCCAUAUUCCACGAGGUAGAUGGCCCAUGUAUGGAAGAUCUAGCCAUCCGCAGCCAUGUCGACCUCAUACAUCACAGACCGGGGAUAAUCGGUACAACAGAGGGGUUCCAGAAAGUUAACAAAGCCAUGUCAAGUUGGAAACCAUCCGAGUAUACCAGGGCAUAUCAGCGAUGUCUGGAUAUCCUGAGGGAGACUCAGCCUGUCGUGGUUGUCCUGGAUCCGCUUCUUCAUGUUGGCUUAGAUGCCUGUCAACACAUCACGACUCGACUAGUCGUCCUUUGGCCUGUACCGGCGAAGGAUAUAGUGAUAUUGAAUCAACCAAAUGCAAGGUUUCUAUGGCAUUAUCCGAUGGUGGGCUCUGGUUAUUCUUACCCAUUGCCAUGGACAUUAAUACUGCCUAACAUGUAUCUAUUGCUUCGUGCAGCAAUAACAAUGAGCACGAGAAAUUCUCCGGAAAGACAGACUUCUGCGAAUAAAAACGAAGGACAAUCUCCAUUUCCACUCAAGAAUUCCUAUUCAAAGGAAUCUCUUCACCUAACUCCAGCAUUUCCACAAAUGGAUUUCCCAUUACACAUACCUUCAAAUGUUAUCUGCUGUGGUCCCAUUCUCCGAAGACACCCAUCAUUAUCUGAGGUAGAUCCUGAGAUGCAAGCAUGGCUUAAAAAAAGAACCAUUCUCAUUAGCCUAGGAUCGCAUGUUAGGCCAUCUGAAACUGUCGCGCUUGAGAUGGCCAAGGCAAUUCGGGUUGUGUUGAACAAGCACACCCAGUUCCAGGUCCUAUGGAAACUACGUUAUGACUGGAAAGAAUCAACUGCAUUUCGGAAAGUCCUUGGGACGUUUAUCGAUGCUGGAUCUGUUAUGAUCGUUCCUUGGAUCCAGGCUGAGAUCAUAUCUGUUCUUGAAACUGGGAACAUAGCUGUGUAUGUCCACCACGGGGGAGCCAAUUCUUAUUUUGAAGCUUGCAAGGUUGGCGCCCCUCAAGUUAUUCUACCUCAAUGGCUCGAUACCUACGACUGUGCAACGCGAGUCGAGUGGCUAGGCAUCGGCGUUCAUGGAAGUCGCAAAGUAGCGCCUGGGAUUGAAGCGACCGAGUUUGCUACCGCCAUGGACAAGGUAAUUUGUGAUGAAAGGAUCCAUUUGAAAUCUGCUGCUAUAAGGGACCUCUGUAAGACGACUGAAGGGCGGAUUCUUGCCCAUGACAAGAUUGCAGAGCUCGCUCGAUGA